UCCACACUCUUCUCGAUACCCAAUCCACUCCACCAGCAGCAAACUCUCAAUCCUCUACCACUUAUUUCACACACCAACAACUCCGCAAUCAUGUCCAACGCCAACCCCAUCGCUUCUACCACUGGUGCCGACCCCAAGCUCGUUGAGGAGCGCAAGGCCAACCUGCCUCUGCCCGACCAGCCCCCGGUUGCCUCCGACUUCAACUCCUCCGACGCCAGCACCGUGAACGUUGGUUCCGGCGGCCCGGGCGCCGACAGCAAGACCGCCGAACUCAAGAACGACGGCGGUGAUGUUGGCCGUACUGCCAAGGACGGUCUCAGUGGAAUCCCCAACGACGCCGUCACCCGCGACGCCAAGGACAAGGCUGGUCUUGAGCAGACGACCGGCAAGGACCACGGGUACCCCCAGAAGAGCGACCCCAGCACCGGUGUGUAAGGGUUGCCUUCAGAACGAAUUAGGAAUUUCUUUUGUCAGCCAUUGACUGGCUUGUCUUACGAAGCAUGAGGUGCUUUCUGGCUUAGCUGUUUACAAAAGCGAUGAUGCAUAAAGCAUCUAAUUAGCAUAAAGCUACGACAUCAAUCAAAUAAUGAUCAAAUUCACAC